ACUUACAGAGAGACACAUUUGUAUAACAUAGUAUAAUUGUAGAUGAAGAUGGUCCGAAGCGCACUUCUUAUGACACUAGGCCUCGCUACAGCGAGUGCCUUCCAAACUGCUCAACCUGCGGUACGACAGGAGACACAACUUUACGGUGGAUCAAGUGGAUAUGCAACUACCGUAGAGGGAAAAGCAGAAAAGGUCGAAGCUGUCAAGGGGCUUCUCGAUAGUUCACAGAUGGUUUUCUCGGUCCCUGCCAGUUUCAUCACUGUUGCAGAAUCUCAAAGUCUUCGGCGAUCGAUGCCCGAGGGAACCACGAUUUCUGUUGUCAAGAACACCCUCAUGAACCGUGCCGUAAAGGACACCGAAUUCGAAGAAGCCGCUUCUUCUUUGCUAAAGGGAGCUAACAUGUGGUUUUUCAUCGAAGAAGAUAUUGGCGCCUCCAUCAAGGCGUGGAAUGCCUUCACGAAAGAAACCGGUAAGAAGGAAACACACGGAAUUAUUGGAGGUGUCGUAGAAGGAAACAAUUAUGAUGCAAAGGGAGUCGAAGCCAUCGGAAAGCUUCCAUCCAAGAAAGAACUUUACGCCAAGAUCGCCGGUGGUAUCAACGCCGUUCCCACGAAGCUCGCUCGUGUCGUCAAGGCACCAAACUCGAAGUUGGCACGAGCCAUCAAGCUCGCCACCGUCGACGAGCAGCAAGAGUAAGAAGUUCGCUACGAACGCACUCGCAUUACUUAAUAUUCAAGAACAUAUUUUUGCAUCGUACAUAAACAUUAACAUCCGAC